UGGAUCUCCAGGUGGGUGCCAGACAGCAACAGGAAGGUACAGCUCUCCAUGGCUGCCUUCAUUCUUGCCUGGAUGCAACAAGGAAAUUUGGCAUCCAGGUUUUGGGGGAGUUGACCCGUCCAUCCCCAAGGAUGCUUUAUUCCUGCUCUUCUUUAAUGGCAUUGAAAUGGAAAAUGUGGCACCCUGUAUGUCCUAGGGAGUUAUUCCUGGGGAGCUCACAGGCUCUUCUUGGAACUCCCAGCCCUGUUUUUCCUCCUGCUUUCCCUUGGUUAUACAAGCUUUUAUUUUUGAUACAGCCCUUAUAAGGCAAGUCCAUCUACAGACAACUUUUCCUUACAUUCCCCCUUGCCAAGAUGAUGUCACCUUAAAACGAGACUUGCAAAAGGUUAAACUGUGAUUAGGCAGAUCGCGUCGCCUCAAACUGUGAUCUUUGGCGGAGCAAACACCGUGAGGAUGGAAAGGGGAAGAUAAGGGUGCUGUGCUGGAGCCAGUGGUGCUGAAUUCUGGUGAAGCAAAGCACACUGGUAGCAUUGUGCCAACUCACUGUGCAAAGACCGAGCAGCUUCUCACCCUCCUUAGUAGUUUGCUUGGUCCUGGAUCUUGGAUCGUUUCUUGCAGAGGACCGAGGAUGUCCUCGAUGUUCGGCAAGCCCCGAAACAGCAGCGAGCGGCCGCCCCAGAGCCCCCUCCCCGAGUGCAACGUGGCCAUCCUGGGGUGCAGAGGGGCCGGCAAGUCAGCUCUGACCGUGAAGUUUCUAACCAAGAGGUUCAUCAGUGAAUAUGAUCCCAACUUGGAGGACACCUACUCCUCAGAGGAGCUGGUGGACCAGCAGCCUGUGCUCUUGAAGGUGAUGGACACUGCUGACCAGGAUGGCCCCAGGAACUGUGAGCGUUACCUGUGCUGGGCCAGUGCCUUCCUUGUUGUCUACAGCAUCGACAACAGGCAGAGCUUUGAGGGCUGCCAGCGCUACCUCGAGGUGCUCGCCCUGCACGCGCGGGGCUGCCAGCGCCGCUGCCCCGUGCUCCUGCUGGGAAACAAGCUGGACAUGGAGCAGUACAGGCAGGUCCCCUCAGCAGAAGGGAUGUCCCUCGCCAGCAGCUUCGGGUGCCUCUUCCAUGAGGUGUCGGCAUGCCAGGACUUCGCUCGGGUGCAGCACGUGUUCCACGAGGCCGUGCGGGAGGUGCGGCGCCAGGCGGAGUGGAACCUGCCCGUGCAGCCGCUCUUCAUCUCCGAGGAGCGGCCCUGCCCGCCCGUGGCCACGCCAGUGGCCCUGCCCACCCACCACAGCUUGGCCACCUGCACCUUCAACACCCUCUCCACCAUCAACUACAAGGAGAUCCCCUCGGUGGCCCAGGCCAAGCUGGUCACCGUCAAGUCCUCGCGGGCUCAGAGCAAAAGGAAGGCUCCCACGCUCACCCUGCUGAAAGGCUUCAAGAUAUUUUAGGACGCAUCCCUGUGGGCUGCAGAGGGGGAGGAGAGAGACCCUCUGAGACCUUCCAUGAUGGACUCACAGGCAUUGCAGCAGCUGCUGCCCCGGCCUCUGUGCCAGCAGUGGCAACCAGGCGAGCAGGCAGAGUGCCAAGUGUCUGACAUGGGCUGUGGCAUCGCUCUGCCUGCCCCUGCCCAGUGCUGCUGUGGUGUUUGCACCUUAUCCUGCCACUGGCACUGAGGCCAGCUCAGUUUUCUGUGAGGAUGCAGCAGCUCCCAGAGGAGCUGGAGCUGUGGAUACCAUUGGGAGGGCAAGGGCCGGCCCCACGGCUGCCAGCCACCUUGGGCACCUGACACACAGGAGCCCAGGAAGGGAGAAUUAAUCAUUAAGCCAGCAUGGAGACACCCACCUUGUUCAUCCCACAGGUCCCCAAAUAAGCAAUAAGUAGGAGAAACUUUUAUUUUUUUAAAAUCCAAAUAAAAAGGUGCAGAUACUGUUUCAGCUGCUUAAAGGCCUCAGGUGGCCUGAAAAUUAUACCCAAACAUCAAGCUAAGUCACACCAAAAUUGCUGCUUUUUUAAUUAACUUUUUACACUACAGCAUCCCUUUCCAAAGGCUUUGCAAGGAGAUGCUUUGCUGACAAGGACAUGGUCUGAAAAGCCUUUGUCUAAAAGACUGACGCAUUUUCAAUACAUAUUUUCAAUAAUGUCCUAAAUUAUUUCAUGGCUUCUACAUGUGCCCAAUGAAGAACAGAAAGAGAAUUCUGGAGCAGAUCAGGCUCUACCUGUGCCUGAGCCAGGGCCAAGGGCUGGGUGUUUGGUUUCAGGUGCUCUAUCAGGUUAAAUGUUCUACUUCUCCCUGGAGUUGCAGUUACUUUAUGGAGUAAAAUAUCCAUGUGUAUAUUUGUACAUAUAACCAUAUAAAUAUAUAUAUGACCUUACUGACAGAUUCAAUAUGGCAGUUUGAUCAACCACUUUGGAAAGUAUUUUAAUAAAGAAGAUUCUGAAAAGAAUAAAAA